AUGGACCAAAACGCAACCAAUUCAACUGAAGGACCUUGUGGCUUGUCUGAAAUGCCAGCUCGUCCAUUCUUCCUAUGUUUAUACACAUUGAUUUUUCUGGCAAGCCUGGUGCUCAACAGCAUUACAAUAUAUGUGUACUUUUGCAAAGCUACAAAUCAAUCCAGCAUCACAAUAUAUCUGAAGAAUCUGGCUAUAGCCGACUUGUUUGUGUGCCUGUGUUUGAUAUUACGCAUCGCUAAAUAUGCUAGAACUUCAAUGGAACUUCAGCGUAUCUACUGUAACUUUGGCGCUCCAGCUUCCUACCUCAACAUGUACUCCAGUAUUCUCUUCAUGGGCUACAUCGCUGCAAACAGGUACAUGAAGAUCGCACGGCCACUGGAGACUCACAUGCUGCAAACAGUCCGCUCCACACGCUACAUCUGCAUCAUGACCUGGGUCGUCCUGCUGUGCUCAAAUUGUGCCUACAUUGCUGCUUUUGUCAGCGCUGAUAAACAAACCUCUGCCCACAGUGGUUUCGACUGUGACAGCUUUCAUAACAGCUUACUCAAACAGAUCUACUUGGCCUUGCAGAUCAUUUGCUUUCCAUUGUUUUUGUGUGUGCUGGUAUCCCUGAUUCUGUUCUACUGGUUGAACGUACAGAAGCUUCGUCAAGCUCAGCGCACAAUGCCGGAUCAGCCUGGCAACGCUAAGCUCAGCAAGUCAAAGCGUAACAUGCAAGUUCUGAUGGUGGUUUUCUGCGUGUGCUUUGUACCGUAUCAUCUGGUGAGACUGCCGUACGUGUUCAUCAAACCCCUGCUGCAAGACUGCACAGCAAAGCAGGUUUUCUACAUCCUGAAGGAGCUCACUGUCCUGCUCACAGUACUGAACGCCUGCUUGGAUCCACUUAUUUACUUUGUCUUUUGCAAGACCUUCAGAGCACAGCUUAACCUUCAAAGAUUUUGCAAAUCCAAAUGA